AUGAAGGUUCUCGGUCUGCGAAUUGGGGAACCAAAGCCCGAAUAUCUGGAUGCUACUAAGCCAAUAGAUCACAUACAGCAGCUCCCUGAUGCCCCUAAGAGAAAGAGUCGAUCAGUUGAGGGUGGCCUGAGCAGACAAGAGAGCGAUGGAAGUUUGCCAUCUGGUGCGAGCAGUCAGGAAAGUGCAGAUAGCUCGACACCGAUAGUCGCACGUACAGUAGAAGAGCUGAGGGAUGUGAUUGGAGGAACUGGUUCAUCAGCUUCGGACUUAGAAUUAAAAUCUAGAAUUUUAGAGCUUGCAAUCAGUGAUAUUGGCAUGGGAAAGUAUCAAUGGUAUUUGUUUGUACUAUGUGGUAUGGGAUGGGCGGCGGAUAAUCUCUGGCUCCAGGGAGUAGCGUUAAUCCUGCCUACCUCCUCUGUUGUUUAUGGUGUAUCUGAUCAACAUGUUCGCUACGCCACUCUUGUCUUGAAUGUUGGACUGUCACUUGGCGCCUUUGGCUGGGGGUUUGGAUCGGAUAAAAUAGGGAGAAGACUCGGUUUCAACUCAACAUUAGUCAUUGCUGGAAUAUUUGCCUUCUUGACAGGAAUUGCACCAAAUUUCAUUGCCGAGGCAGCUUUUCUCGGAGUACUUGGACUUGGAGUAGGAGGCAGUCUACCGGUAGAUGGAACUAUGUUUCUUGAAUUUCUACCACACAAAGACCGUAUUUACUUGACACUUCUGUCUGUAUGGUGGCCGAUUGGGCAGGUUGUGGCUUCACUUUUUGCAUGGCUCUUCCUUGGAUCAAGUUUUGAAGCAAAACGUGGUCUAAGACUUUUCUUAUACACCAUGGGUGCUAUAACUUUGACAAUGGCUAUCUCUCGCUGGCUUUUUGAUAGUAUAGAGUCGCCGAAAUUCCUCCUUGCUUCGAACAGGCAAGCAGAAGCUGUAAGAUCUGUUCGUGCACUGGCGCAUAAGAACGGCACCAAAACGUGGCUCACCGAAGAAAUCCUCAACGAGAUAGGAGGGACAGCAGAGGUAAUCAAUGUAGUGAAUUCAAGCAUCAAAGUGCGGGUACGUCAAGCGAUUGCAUCUUUCGGACCAGAGACAAAAAGGCAGAUCUCUCCACUGUUUGGAAAUGCUGAAUUGGGUAUAAAUACUGCUCUAUUGUGGAUCAUUUGGCUUUGUAUUGGAAUAGGAUAUCCAUUGUUCAAUUCCUUCUUACCACAAUAUUUGAAAGGCGGCAAUAAAACUGAGAGCGAAUCCAACACUUAUCGAAAUUACUUGAUAAUAAGUACAGCCGCUGUCCCCGGGUCCCUUUUGGCUUGCUAUAUUGUCAAUGUGGCCGGCCGUAAGAGACCAAUGGCCUUUGCAACGAUGAUUGCCGGAGUAUGUUUCUUCCUUUUCACCCUUCGUAACGAUAGCAGCUUUCAACUCGGCUUUGGUUGCGCAGCAUCAUUUUUCCAGAACAUCAUGUUUGGAAUUCUUUAUGCAUAUACUCCAGAAACCUUUCCCGGAUCCAGUAGAGGAACUGGUUGUGGUAUUGCCCACUCAUUGAAUAGACUUGGUGGAAUAAUUGCUCCUCUCAUCGCAGCGAAUGUUGGAGCAUCUAAUCCAAGCAUCCCUAUUUACGUCAGUGGAAGUUUGAUCAUUGUAGCAUUUUUGGCCAUGUGUUGCCUGAGAAUAGAAACGCAGAAUAGACAGUCGUUGUAA